AUGAAUUAUCAGGACCUUCUUCGUGGCGCGUGAAGCGCCUUAAGGAUCGCCGAUCAGAGUCAAGAGCGAGAGAAGAACUGGAACAAGGGGUCCGCCAGUAGUACUUGAUUCACAGCAAGAUGAUCGUGCGAUUGUUGUUUUGUUUUCAUUGGUUUGCUAGCAGCCGUGGCGCGGGCGAGUAUGACGAUUGGACGGUCGACACGGCCACUCGGGAAGAAACAGACGUCUCAUACCCUGGAGGGAGCUUUCGGCGUGCGGCACAACAGCCACAGCAAGACCAUGCGGAAGAGAACAUCAGCAGGGAGCACGACCAGUCGGACCUUCUGCUUGACAUCACCAGCAGUCGAGGCGGUUUCUCCUCGUCGCAGAAUCUUCACGACGACCGCUUGUCAUCGUCCAUGCCGUCCUUGCUGUCGAUUGGAGGUGCGUCGACGUCCUCGUCGCCUAACAAAAGGCACCAGCACUCACAGCUGAAGCAGCGGCGGACGGCCAACCCGGCGUUGGCUGCGAGCACGCCAAACUUGCAGGAGUUGCAGCAGCGAUCGUCCCCGACCGCGAGGGAAUUGAAUCUCCAUCAAAGAUCUGCGCUGACGAGCUCGCACGACAAGCUGUCCAAAUCGACCGGAAGUUUGAAGACCUGGGUACAACAAACGUUUGGUUCCUCGAAUCAGUUAGCCGUCGUGCACGACUCCGACAACGAACAAAGUGACGAUGAGGACGUCGACGCCAGCCACUAUUGGCGCGUUGAGGAAGAUGUGGACGGCAGUAUUGGUUUAGGGAAAGGAGGAGGACCACAUCCGAGUCGCCCAGGGACGACGCCGGCACUUACGACCAUGACGAGCAGGCAAAAGGGUGGGAUGAGUGCCUGGUUGCGCAGUAGCAAAGAAAAUCUAUCAACCGGCUCGGGAAUAACUACGAGUGAGGAAAAGAGAGACAAGCUUUCUGAUUCUAGACGCGCUUUACUUUUCCACGACUCCGUCGCCCCUCCGGAAAUUGAAAAGCCAGAGGAGCGGUCGAUUUCCAAGGCGACCUCUGUUCUCUCUCUGGAAAGAGAUUUCAGCGAAGCGCAGAAGAACAGGAAACCGUGCAGGAAGCGCCCGGGUGCGUUGACUUUCGGCGCAGUGUCCACGCUUGCUCUCAUAUUCGGGUGCCAUCUUUUCACGCGAGGGGAAAACAACCAACAGGACACGGGCUACAGUGGUCAUGUGGGGAUGCACCGCAUUCCGCGUCCGACGCUAGAGGACCGGCUUCACGCCUGGCGGCACCGGGCAGCCACGCCCAACUCGAGCUGGUCAAAAUUGACCUAUCCGGAGGGUGUAGAGGAGCGACGCGAACGCGAUGACUCAGUGGCACGACAGGACGUUGCCUCUCUUGACGCCACUGCUAGCCCGUUCAGUAACGAAGAUCGUACCGAGCAGACCAACGGCCAUGUUGGUAGUUCACCCCGCGAAAAUAAUCCGCGGUUCCUCGACCGCAGGAAGAAUACUGUGCUCCCCGCCGCCUCGGAGCUGCCAGACCUGGACCCGGAGAUCGUGAACAGCGCCAAGCUUUUGAAGGAGGACGGGCGCCAAUUUCCGACGAAGUUGGAAGAUCGUGCAAAUUUCAAGUGCAAAGGUCCGGAGACGCUGAAGACGAACCCAAAGGGGAACCCCUGGUACGACAAGCUGGACCAGACUUGCACGGACUGGACCCGGGCAGGCUUGAACGUGAUCUCCGCGGUGCAGCAUCAGGGUUUCUGGUCCUCCACUGUGACCUGCGGCACCUGCUGGGCCUACGCGACGAGCGCGCAGAUUGAGGCGCAACUGGCGCUUAGUUCAAAGGACGGGACGCUGCGGAGGGUGGAUUUGGGGGAGGUCAUUUCCUGUACCAGUCGCGAGGAGAGGAUGGACCGGAACAAGUUUAACGGCAUUCCGAUCGAGGCCGUGGCUGCGAAGGAUUUGCCGGUCGAGCGACUCUGCACAGACGGAAACAUUCAGACCUGGGUCUACGCUUACAUGGUGCAGAACGGGAUCCGGUAUGAUCUGUUUAAGUACUUUGCGCCGAAGUUUCACCUCAUCAAGAUUAUUCCAAGUGCAGUCUGGGUGAGCAGAUGUUGGAAACCGCUUACUUAUUCAAAAUCCUUAUGGAAUAUCCUAUCAGGUUGCUGACAUCUGAGCCGCAACUGCAGUGGCCGGGUGAACCGCCACGGGAUGUGGUCUACCCAUCCGAUACCUACGAUGACCGGCAGCAGGAUGUUCCUUUCAGGUACCGUGAUCCAACGAAACAUCCACCUGUCGGCGCGCGGCCAGACGGGGAUCGUAGAGACUAUUGCCAGCACAAGAGGACUUUCAUCCUGGAGAAGUCUGCUGCGAGUGAUGCAGACAGCAAAAAUUUUUCUUCAGUCGAUGGCGCUCUUGACGCGGCUGCCGGAGUAGCAGCAGAGCCCCCGCGCGUGGUAAAUUUGCGAGGAAGAGAACAAGCAUUGCAAGAAGUUACUGAGGAAUCUUUCUCCAGAGCGUCGGGAGACGACCUGCCUCCGGUUGUCGAAGAAGUAGUCCGGAUUCGUCCUCCGAAAGGCCAUCGUCACGCCUACGAUGACGUUUACAUGAAAAAUGUCCUGCAGAAGGUGCAAGACCCCAACCAGGCCUUCGGCGGGGUCAUGAAGGGGGAAGACAAAGUCAACACUCCCUGGAACGAGGAGAUCGAGCCCGAUAAUAAGGCCUGGCUCAUCGGAAAAAGCGAGCCGGCUGAUGUUGUCUCACCUUCGUCCUUCGAGAAGGAAAUUAUUCAGGCAGACGAAGCUGUAAUAGAACAAGAGCAGCCCUUUCUAAAAAAAGUUUCCAAAGCAAAAGAAGACCUCGCGCUCGCGGAGGAGCUCAUUCAGGAAGAAGAAAUCAGUAUGGCCAGCGGUGCUGCACGACACGAACAGGAACAGCAUGACCCUGGCGGUGGUGGCAACGAGAGGACCAGAGCGAAAAACAAGGUUUCGACCCUCACGACCGGUGGCAAAAGCAGAAGUUUAGGUUUACAGAGGAACAUGUCCAUGUCGUCACGCAGCGCCGCUGCGUCUACAGUGGAAAAAGAAACAAGCAGCAGCAGUUCUGGCGAAACUGGCGCGCCCACGGCGGUCCAGUUAAUAUCGACAGUGCCUUCGACUACAUCAGUAGUGCCUACGACGCCCUCCGCGAUGAACAUGCUACCCGUCGGCUCGUACACGCCCCCACCGACUUUCAUCACCCCAACUGAGUCCAAGGAGUUGGCGAAUCCGCUACGGUUGACCGAAAUGAUCGUCGGAAAGGACCUGCUUCGCUGGCACGGGACGGAGUUGGAGAUCCGAGCGCAACUCCAGAAGAUGCCGGUCGUUGGUCUCGUGGACGCCUCAGGGCUGAAGAAAUUCGCCUGGGGGCCGCGGUACAAGAAGCACAUCAUCUCGAAGGAGGAUUUCCCCUCCUACAGUUUAACCGGCACGGUACACCUCACCGGGGAUCACUACGUCCAGGUGGUUGGGCUGAAACGCGAUGAAAAUACGGGCACGCUUUACUGGUGGAUCAAGAAUUCCUGGGGCCCGAAGUGGGGCGACAAUGGCUAUUUCAGGAUGAAUAUCAAAUGUAAAAAUGUCUGGGCCUGGAAGAAUGCAAGUUUGUCUGGCAUGACUCGAGAAUCUGUGUUGCAUAGGCAUGAAGAGGCCCUCUUCCCUGUCAUGCAAAAACGCAGUUUGCCAUGCGGAAUACGUAAGACAUGGGAGCCAAAAAAUUUGUCAUGCAUCGCUGCGUAUUGCAGUGCGUCUCCCAUUCACUUUUAGCAUUACAAGUUUCCAGACCAAGACAUUUUUGCAAUCCAUAAUGAAGUACGGCGAGGGCUUGCUCCUUCACGGCGUCACGAUCCAAGAAGACCGGAUGGAGCUCUGCCAGCGGAGACAGGGAGAGGCGGACUUCCAUUGCAAGCUCGCCUUAUCCGCGGAGCCGGAAGAAGUUCGGGACCUGCCGGAAGACAAGCCGGCCGGCGCGGCGACCAUGUGAUGGACUUCUUUGAAUCAGAGCACAAGGCUCCUCUUUCAAGUUUCUGAGGUAGAGAACACAAGAAUAAAGCUGUAGAAUAUGAACCUAUUGAUUCGAAGGAAAGUUUGUCAUCUAAAAUGCGGAGUGAAACUGCACCCUUGAAAUGUAACAAAAUUUGAUACUUGUUUGCAAUAUCCAAACGUAAACCAUCAAUGAAUUGUCUGUGCAAAAGUCUAAAACGCAAAACAGGAAAGCAGCAAAAAGAAAAGAGAGAGGAAAUGGAAAUUAUCUGAAGGGUAGCGAGGUCGUGCUGACGACAUAUGCCAGGCCGUCCCUGAACAUGUGCCAAAUUUUUUCAGGAAGGGAGUCCCGUUUGUGAUGUUCAC